AGCUGAGCUCUCAGCAUGGUCCAGAGCAGCGUUGGCUUCUCUCCCCACUGGAAGGGGCUAUUUUGUCACAUGAGGACAUAUCACCCCCACAAGAAGACUGUGGUUGAGUUACAGUAUUGACAACUUAUACGCACUGCAUCCUCUUCAGUGGAGAUCUGGCUGAAACCUAGUGCCCGAGAAACCGCCACCCCCCUGAAGGGACAAGGGCACAAGGGCCGGGAAAGAAGGAAGGCCACAAGUAUUGGGAAGAAGGACAGAGGUCACAUCACAGCUGCUUUUCCUGCACCCAAUGCAGCAGAAGCUAGCCUGAGAGAACCAGCUUAGGACUUACAGCCAGACACAGCUGUGUGUGCAUUUGUACAAGAGGCUACUGCGAACACGUGUUUUUUCUUCCAGGGAAGUGAAGAGGGGUUUGGGGCCAAAACCUGAGACUAAAUGAUAUAGCUGUUUCUUGAAAUGUUUCUGCAAUCAAAGCCGUGAAGAUGGAAAGAAAGAAAAGGAGCAUUGUUCCUCCGCAGCCAGAAGAAAAUCCAGAAAGCAGCAACGUAGUGGAUGGAGAUUUGGGAGCACAACUGGAUAUGUUGGCAAAAGCACAUGAGUUCUUUCAGAUCUGUGAUGUGGAAGGGAAAGGAUUCAUUGCUCGUUGUGAUAUGCAGAGGCUUCAUGGUGAGUUACCUCUUAGCCCAGAAGAGCUGGAGAAAGUAUUUGAUACUCUGGAUGCAGAUGGCAAUGGUUCACUUACUCCAGAGGAAUUCACCACAGGAUUUAGCCAGUUUUUGUUUGGUCGGAAGACAUCUGUUUGUGAGAUACAAGAAUGUGAAACUGAAAAUGUGUAUCAGUCUGAAUUAAAAGGAAACAACAUGGAAAGCAACGAGGAAGAUCAAUUCUCAAAUCUUAUGGAGAGGCUUGGAGCUGACAAUGUCUUAGAAGAUGAGAGUGAUGUAAAGCAACUCUGGUUGCACCUUAGAAAUGACGAACCACAUUUACUUUUCGGUUUUGAAGAAUUCCUGGCAAGAGUUUUCUCUCAGCUCCAAGAAGCUGAUAAUGAAAAGAGUGAGUUGGAACGUGUCCUGAAAAGGAAAAUUGCCACCUAUGAUGAAGAAAUCCAGCAUCUCUAUGAGGAAAUGGAACAGCAGCUGAAAAAUGAGAAAGAAAAAAUUCUUUUGAAGGACACAGAAAGGUUUCAGUCUCGAAGUCAGGAUCUGGAGCAUAAACUUAUAACAAAAGAGCAGGAACUGGAACAAUUGACUCAGAAACAAAAGAGGUUAGAGGGACAAUGUAAAGAGCUGCACGAUGACAAGCAUGAGACCAAAGUGGAAAACACCAUGUUGAAACUUACAAACAAAGAGCUGCUGAAGGAACUGGAGGGAACAUCCAAGGAGUUAAUCAUUGCCCAACAGCAGUUGCAGAUGCUUCAGGAUGAGGCUGGAAAGCUGCAGGAAGAAAAGGAAAUGGAGGUUUACAGAGUGACAGAAACAUUACAGAGGGAGAAAUCAGGACUACGUAAGCAACUGGAUUUUUUAAGAGAAAGGAACAAAUACCUUAGAGAUGAACAUGACAUGUGUUUACAGAAAUAUAAGACUGUUCCAACCGCCAGCUGGAAACAAAGAUCAGGCUCGAUUAUUGGCAAAUAUGUGGAGAGAAAAAGUUCACUGAAGAGCCAAUCUUCAGAAGAUGAUGAUACAUUUAGCACCUCAAGGAGAAGAAAUUCCUUUGGCUUGAAUGGGUAUCUUUCAAUAGAUUCUGACCGUGCUACUGGUGGGGGACUGGCCCAAAGAAAGCAUCUCCAAAGAAUAAUAUCAAUUGAAGAAGAUCAUCUGCCCCAACUUCUUGAUAACCCAGGAGAGACAACACUAACCAAAUGGUCUGAAGAAGAUGAAAAUAUUUUGCCAGAAACAGAAAUGAAUGGGAUUCAAAUAGAACCAUCAUCUGAACUGACACCUUCCUCUCCCACGGUGCAGCCAUUAGGAAAAGAAACACUGGCAAAUGAUGAACAGUUGUGCUUUGCCCCAAAUGGUUUAUUCAAGAUUGUUGUCGUGGGCAAUUCAAGUGUGGGAAAAACGUCCUUUUUAAAGCGUUUCUGUGAAGACCAUUUUUCCCCAGGCACUGCUGCUACAGUUGGUGUGGAUUACAGUAUGAAAACAGUGCCAGUGGAUGACAACCAAGUACUGCUGCAGUUCUGGGAUACUGCUGGACAAGAAAGGUACCGCAGCAUCACCAAGCAGUUCUUCCGAAAAGCUGAUGGUGUGAUUGUGAUGUAUGAUAUAACAGCAAGAGAUACAUUCACUGCUGUGAAGCAAUGGUUAGUGAGCAUUGAGGAAGCCAUAGGGGAGAAUAUUCCUGUCCUAUUGCUUGGUAAUAAAACCGAUAAUGCAAAAGAACGUGAGGUCCCCAGUGGACUAGGAGAGCAUCUAGCCAAGGAUUACAAUUUGAUCUUCUAUGAAUGCAGUGCCUUGUCAGGUGACAACAUGAAUGAGUCUGUACUUCACCUGGCCAGGAAUUUAAAAGAACAAGAAGACAAAGUGAAGGAAAAGACUAUUCAGCUGCAUCAAAUGUCUAAGAAGAAGACUUGUUGUCUCAAAUAGGGGAAAUGAAUGCCCCCCGUUUCCUAUUAAUAAAGAAACUUAAUGUUUACCUGCUUCCAACUUCCAUUGUUGUCUCACAGUACAGCCAGGAGCAUUAACCAACAGUCGAAAACACCUGGAGAGCACCAGGUUGAUGAAGGCUGCAGAACAGUAUACUGAAUUUUGCUAACAAUUAUUUGGCUUAUGCUGUGUUGUAAAUAAUGAUGAGGUAGAAAUUCGAUUCAGUUUGCAUUUAAAGCCAAAUCCAUCAAAUUCACACUUCCUGAAACAAUAGGAGAACAGCAACACAGCCAUCCUUUGAAAUUCACGCGUCUUAAUUUUGUGAUACAAGCAAGCAGUGUUUACAAAAAUGCAUAUAUUAGGGGAAUGUAUGCAAAAAUGAAUGUAGUUGUGAAAAUAACAUACACAAAGUGUUUAUUAGGAGAAAGUUGCACUAAAAUGGUGAAGAAUUUUCAUGAAGUGAAUUGCUGCAAAAAUGUGGAGAAUUUAUGACUGGAAAAAUUAGAAACUGAGAAAACGGAAAUUGACAGAUCCUCCCAUCCCUAGUUGUAAGCACGUCCAGUUUACCGGCCCCUUCCAUCUCUACUACUGCAUUUUGCUUAUGGUUUUCUCCUGGGAAAGAUUAAAAAAAAUAGCGCUGUGUGCUAAACCUCCAACCUCCAUUUCAUGAAUUGCUUCACCCACACAAAGGAAAAGCUGAUUUCACAAAAGGGAAAGAAGUUGGGAGUAAGGCUAUUCUUGCUUGCCAUCUAAUGAGGUGAGUGAGUGGCGUGCGCUCCCUUUUUAAACAUCUUUCUCUUAAGUUGUAAGAGAAAUCUCUGGCACUCUUGAUGGAAUGACGUUUAAAAUGAAUCUCAUGACUUCCUGUGAUUAUUCAGGUCUGUUGUGUUUGCUGAAAUUUUGAAAGACACACAUAAAAAGUAUGUGUGUGAUUCUGGGUAGAUUUGAAAGAAUUUUCCAGAAACGGCAGAUUUAGGCCAAUUCCCUCAGAACAGGGAUAUACCAAAUUUUAGUGGGUGCAUCCAUGUCUAAUUGCUUUGUGAUUACUCCAGAUAAAUAAAACCAUAAUGCCAUUUUGUUAGUGGAAUGUUUUAAUUGGGAUAUUCUGAAAUCAUUAUAAGAACUAUUGUUGGAAUGAAAAACAUAAAUGAAACCAUUUUAAUCAUUUCUCAAUGAAUUACUUGGAAAGUGGCUCAUGAUUGUCUUUAUACCAAUCUUGAGAUAAAAAAGUUUCGAAUAAGUUUUGAGAUAUACUGAGAUACAUACAAAUCAAAUAGUGAUUUAUUUGUCCAAUUAUAGAUUCUUUUUAAUUUGACUCUGUAGGAUGAGGCCUGCAAGCCUUACAACUAAAAUUACAAGCUCUACAGUUGGUACAUUUUGAUAAAGAAGGUGAAAUAGAACAUUUGAUUCAGUCUCGAUUGGAGAUUUUUUCACAACUUUGAACAGAAAAGUCUACUCAAUAUUGUCUUUUCAGCAUCUAAAAAUGCCAAGAGGGUUUCUUUAUUAGUUUGCUUCACUUUAUCAAUUAAGGCUGCAAUUCUAUAUCCACUUACCUGGAAUUAAGCCUCUUUGAACUCUCAUUGGAUAACCUUCUGGGUAAACAGAAGAAUUUGCAUUAUUUAUACCAUGGUUUCCUUAUGUUGUUUUUCAUAUUCCUAUUCAAUAAAAACUAAUACAUCUGAAUGAACUUACUUAUGUAAUAUAUUGAAAUGAUUUGCUGAUACUAUUCUGAAUCUUACAUAAUUAUUUUACAGAGAAACUGUUCAGUAAGAAAUUUGGACAGAUGCAUACCUUUAGGAUUAAAUCUACCAUAACUUCUAAUCUAGUAGUGCCUCUUCUUCCUUCCUUUGAUGUCGUUCGCAGUGACUAAGAUUUCCACAAAACAUUUGUAGUAACUAGUUGUCUGACUAUGAAGGCCAGGAGUUUUAUGCUGCUUCAGUGUUCUAAUGAAUGUAUGUUCAUUACGUUCAUGUAUGUUCUUAGUAAAUCAUUUAUCUAAUUCUUCAACAUGUGCUG